AUGACAAUAGACGGAGAGGAAAUAUCGCCAAUGACCACUCCGCCGGAAAGAGCGAGUAAUGGCUCUGCCAAUGGAUCAGCAAAUGUACUCGUACAGCCGUCAGGUCUGCGGAAUGUCGUGGGAUCCGACAGCGUUCUAGAAACCAAACAUGAUGUCGCACAUCCUUCGGCAGCGACAAACGGCAGCACGAGCAAGCCUUCCACAGAAGCACCUGAUUAUAUGAAUGGAGGAUAUCCGCAUGAGAAUAUUGGAUCUGUAGCACCAUCUGCUCUAAAACCGCCAACAUUGAAGCCUCCCUUCGCCGCCAAUGACGUCCCUACCACUGCUGCUGCUGGCACAUCGACCCCGCCUGGCCGAAGAAGUGUUCAAUUCGCGAGGGCAGAAGUGUCACCGGAAGAUAUGGGACAUGGCAAGCAAGAGUCAUUAGGCGCGGAAGAUGGGGAGACUCCUUCAAAAGACAGAAGGGGUCAAUCGUUAAUGGCAAAAUUGAAGUUGUUGACCUCUGCAGGAGGACUGCAGACCCAUAGCAGGAGCCAGAGCAACCCAGUGAACUCCGCCGAUGGAGGGACAGUAUCUGCUCCGCUGUCGCCUGUAAAUGAGCACCGACAUCGAUUUCCAUAUACACUACAGGAAGAAGGCAGUGAUGCUGAUGCAGAGGAAACUGCAGAUGAAGACGUGGCGCCCGAUGUGAUACGGGUAAAACGGAAACGUCGCAUGCCGAGACCGCAAUUCAGCACAAGUGAAAGCCAAACUACACCUAACACCCCCAGGGUUCGCGGCAUUGCGCAAUCUGAUUCUCCCAGCGGCAGUAGAGUCUAUCCAUUCUUGAGUCGACGGGCUACGGAUGGCUCAUUGGAGCAAAGGGGUCACGUAUCAGAAGGCGAGGGGCGUGAUCAACUCGGUGGUCAUAGUGCUUGGAGACGCGGAAGUUCCUGGAUAUCUAGUGCUCGUGGUUUUGGUCACUCUGCUCAACACUCUGCUGACCUAGAUGCCACUCCAACAUCAAGAAGGCCUGGUCAGUUUAGACGUGCAUUAACUGGACUUGGUGGUGGUCAGAGCGAUGGCGACGGCCCAGCCUCUAGGCGGCCAUUUAUGGGCGCCGAGCGGACACCUACAUUCGGAGCCCAAAGAUGGCGGAUGAUCAAGCAUGGCCUAAAAUUGCUAGGGACGAAGAAAGAGGAGCACAGAGUGGAUUAUCUCAAAUCGGCCGAGCUGAUGGCGGAAUUACGCGCAGGCGCUCCUGCGGCACUCAUACUGGCUAGUAUGAUCCAGAGAGAUGAGCACGGUAAUAAACGGAUACCUGUUCUGCUCGAACAACUGAAAAUACGUAUCACCGAUAGCAAGUCAAGUACCGAUGAUCCCGCCGAAAGUGGGCGACACCUUAUCUUCAGAAUUGAGCUUGAGUAUGGAAGUGGCUUGAAUAGAAUGAAAUGGGUCAUUCAUCGGACACUUCGAGACUUUGCAAAUUUGCAUCUGAGAUACAAAAUCCAAGCACAGAGCGACAAGUAUCUUCAGCUCAGAAGUGAUGUGGACUCUAGGCCGAAGCAGCCGCGAUUUCCAAGAUCAGCAUUUCCUUACUUCAGAGGUGUGCGCGGAUUAGGCGAGAGUGAAGAUGACGAGCCAGACAAUAUCCGCAUAGAUGAGACGGUAGGAGAGGCAACACAUAGCGAGACAGAUCGAAAGCGCAAGAAGAGGCGGCCGUCACUCGGGGGUUCCCGAAGGAAAUCUACUGCUAUGGGAACCGAGCCAACAUCCGGAUCUGUUGCGCCCAAGGGAGAAAGUAAUGCGCAGACCCGGAUCUAUAAUGAGAAACAACGACGAAGACUUGAACAGUACCUCCAAGAAAUGAUCCGCUGGCUUAUUUUCAGAGCCGACAGCAACAGACUCUGUAGAUUUUUAGAACUGUCAGCUUUGGGCGUACGCUUAGCGGCUGAGGGCAGUUAUCAUGGCAAAGAAGGGUUCAUGGUUAUCCAGGCUUCAAAAGGCCUGGACUUCCGAAGAUUGCUUACGCCUAGAAAAAUCUUUGCCCGUCAUUCUCCGAAGUGGUUCCUAGUAAGACAUAGCUACAUCGUCUGUGUCGAAUCUCCCGAGAACAUGCACAUAUACGACGUCUACUUGGUAGACCCAAAAUUCGAAAUCCAGCAGAAACGUCGCAAGCUUAGAAACAUGGGCUCGAAAGAAAUCUUAAACGCGGCAGAGGAAUCUGCCAAGCAUCCGCAGCACCAUAGUUUGAAGCUGCAUAAUUCAGAACGAAAGGUCAAGUUACUGGCCAAGAAUGAACGGCAACUUAGACAAUUCGAGGAAUCUAUAACAUUCAUGGUGGACAACACAUCUUGGUCGAAGCCAAACCGCUUUGGGAGCUUUGCCCCUGUGCGCACGGGUGUAUAUGCACAAUGGCUUGUGGAUGGCAGAGACUACAUGUGGAAUGUGUCGCGUGCUAUUAAUAUGGCCAAAGAUGUCAUUUACAUCCACGAUUGGUGGCUUAGCCCUCAGCUAUACAUGCGUAGACCGGCAGCAAUCAGUCAAAAAUGGCGCCUCGAUAGGCUACUUCAAAAGAAAGCUAAGGAAGGUGUCAAGAUCUUUAUCAUCAUUUACCGAAACGUCGAGGCGGCGAUACCCAUCGAUUCUGAGUUCACCAAGUUUUCCAUGCUUGAUCUGCAUCCGAAUGUCUUUGUGCAAAGAUCUCCUAACCAGUUCAAAAAGAACCAGUUUUUCUUUGCGCAUCACGAGAAGAUAUGCAUCGUCGAUCAUACAGUCGCCUUUGUGGGUGGAAUUGAUCUCUGUUUUGGGCGUUGGGAUACUCCACAGCACUCGGUCGUUGACGACAAACCAACUGGGUUCGAACAAUCAGACCUCCCGAAAGACGCUGACCACUGCCAACUAUGGCCUGGAAAAGACUACUCAAACCCUCGAGUUCAAGACUUCUAUCAGCUCCACGAACCAUAUGCUGAGAUGUAUGAUCGUUCCAAGAUACCCAGAAUGCCAUGGCACGAUAUUUCAAUGCAGGUUGUUGGCCAACCUGCUAGGGACUUGACGCGUCAUUUUGUGCAGAGAUGGAACUACGUGCUCCGAGGGCGAAAACCUACGAGACCAACGCCUUUCCUCCUUCCACCACCUGAUUAUAAUACCGCGGACCUUGAAGCCCUCGGGUUAUCUGGUACCUGUGAAGUCCAAAUUCUACGAUCUGCUGCUGAUUGGUCUAUGGGGUUGACGGAAACAGAACACAGUAUCAUGAAUGCUUACUGCAAGAUGAUUGAGGAGUCGGAGCACUUUGUUUACAUGGAAAACCAGUUCUUCAUCACUAGCUGCGAGACGAUGAACGUCAAAAUCAUCAACAAAAUCGGAGAUGCCAUCGUUGAGCGCGCAGUUCGCGCGUUUCGGAACAAUGAGAGCUGGAGGUGUGUUAUACUUAUUCCGCUAAUGCCUGGCUUUCAGAAUACUGUGGAUGAGCCUGAAGGUACAAGUGUGCGGCUGAUCAUGCAAUGCCAAUUCCGGAGCAUCUGUCGCGGCGAGGGCUCGAUAUUUGGCCGUCUGCGGAGCCAAGGCAUCGAGCCAGAGGACUUCGUGCAGUUUUACAGCCUUCGAUCAUGGGGGCGAAUUGGGCCAAAGAAGACAUUGGUCACAGAGCAGCUAUAUAUCCAUGCCAAGGUCAUCAUUGUUGACGACCGAACUGCAUUGAUCGGCUCAGCCAAUAUCAACGAAAGGUCCAUGCUGGGCUCGAGAGACUCUGAAUGUGCUGCUGUUGUUCGUGAUACCGAUAUGAUUUGGUCAACUAUGGACGGAGAACCAUAUCUUGUCGGGCGUUUUGCUCAUACUUUGAGAAUGCGUCUUAUGCGAGAGCACCUCGGUCUCGACGUUGAUGAAGUGAUGGAGGAUGAGCGUCGAGCAGAGCUGGACAAAGAAGAAGAGGAGUAUGAGUCAAAAAUGGAUGGUAUCUAUGGAGAUGACAGUGAUUCCGAGACGGACCGGUCAAGGCAUGGUGAAGUGCCCCCUGAAGUAGCCGCACGGAGGGCUAGUUUACAUACUACCCGCAGUUUCAACCAUGAUGUAGAUUGGGAAGAAGACGCGAAUCCCUACAUCAAGCCCGAACCAUACAAGCCUAUAACUAAGGACCCUAGAGUUACUGGGAACGAGAAGCAUGCCGCUGAAGUGCAGGGCGGCGAGGGCACGGAUCACUGGAAGGAUGCUGAGAAGACUGGAGUUGUCCGGGGUCGGGACUCGGUCAUAGUCCGUGGUCGUGAGGUUCUUGUUAAAGAUAUCUCGCCAGAAGGCAGGGGUACUAUAGAUAAUCCUAGGAAAUCACACGUCCGUUCGCCGCACCGCUAUCACGCCGAAUCGCUCACAAUAAGGCCAAACAAUAGCGGGCUUCCACCAAUGCCACAACUCACUCGAAGAACAACAGAGCAAUUAGGCCUUACACAGUUAUCACAACUCCCUCCUGUUCCCCUAACAGAUGAUACGGAUAUCGGAGGGCCACCAAUGCAUCUGGAUAGCACAGGAAACCUAGCACCUAGGGCAUUUAACCCAGCGACUGCCGAUAUCAAAAUCGCCCCAGUGAACAAAGAUUGUAUGCGGGAUCCCCUCAACGACUGCUUCUUUGAAGAUAUUUGGCGAUUGGUUGCAGAAAACAACACCAAAAUAUUUCGACGUGUUUUCAGGUGUAAUCCUGAUAGCGAAGUAACCAACUGGCACGAGUACACUGAGUUCGUUGCCUAUGCUGAGAGGUUUGCCCAAUCUCAGGGCGAGACCAAGAGCAAAGAGCGCGAAGAACAAGAAGCGCCUGGAAAGAGUGGACCUCCGGGAGCAACAUUACCAGGAGCCGGGAGCGCCGUGCCAGGACUGGCCAAUAUCUCUGAGAAGGUGAUAGAGCAUGCCCGCGAUGAUCACCCGCUUGGAACCGUAUCAGAAUGGGCAGAAAGUGCGGAUCGACGUAACAAGGAGCGCAGGGCAAGGGCAAACUCCCAUGGUAUGGCGAUUGAUGGCGGCGAAGUAACCGAUGAGAAAGCUGCUUCGUGGGCAAGGUUAGAUGAGGCUCCAUCUCCAAUUCAACCUGCGGGAGAUGAAACAUUCCCAUCGUAUGAAACUACCAUCAACCCGCCAUCUACCGAUGCGGACAGGUCUCCACAAUACAAUGCUAGGAAGGCAACAUUUUCUUCCGUACCAGAUGGCGUAAGCCUGUGUCCCACAGCAUCUAUGCCAACCACUCAGGGAUCUGCUAAAAAGCGCCGUCGCGGAACAACGAAAGGAAGUCGAAGAGGCUUUGCGGCUAGUGAUGGCUUACUAAAUCCUAAUGAUAUCGAGGAACUCCUGAGUCUGAUUCAAGGCCAUCUGGUUUUGUUCCCAUAUGACUGGCUUAUCAAGGAGGAACUCAAUUCCAACUGGCUGUACCAGGUGGACCAAGUUGCGCCGUUGCAGAUCUAUGAUUAA